AUGCAAUUCCAUAUACGCGGCAGGGUCCGGCCUGCACACAACUCAGGAAUCCAGCAAUCCUCACUUGCCUCGUUUGGACGCGAGGUAGCAAUACUAAUGGCCAAUACCCCAAAAACCAAAAGAUGCACAGCCCCGGUGUACCACCCCGCAUUCGAUUUGUGCGCUGAAUCACGUCAAGCGAGGUACAACUUGCAGAUAACAACACCUCGGAUAAUGACGUCUCGGAAAACAAUGCCUCGGAUAACUGGUGUAGCAUUCCGAUAG